AUGAGUACUCCUAGAGGGAGAUUCACAUCGGCUAAGAAGGGCAAGGGAGUUCGAUCGACUCUGAGCCCGUCCGGGAAGCCGCCGCCCGAUCUCGUGCUCCGACGCUCAGUGGUCUGUGCUUGCCGCGAUGGAGGCGGGCGAUGUUCGAACGACGAUGUGGGGAUGUCUGAGUUAGAGUAUUCGGAAGAAAGUUCUGCGGAGAUGGACGAGACCGAGCGAUCUUCGGUCAAUGCUGAUGAAGCCGAGGGAUCCCCGAUGGGAGGUCCAGAAAAUGAUGACGGGGCAGAGGAUGACAUCACCCGGUCUUCUGGAGGAGGUGAUGAGGUUGAUCAGUCUCCGAUGAUUGCGGAUGGUCUCGUCGCGGGAGGGGAGGUUGAACGGGACGCAAUCAGAGAUGGUGAGGCCGGGCGAUCUUCAACUGGGUGUAUGCUUCUCAUCCCAAUUCUAUCUAUUAUCCCGAGCGAUUUUGGGAGGGUGUUACGGGAAUUGUUGCGCUUGACCAGAGUGACUGGGGCGAUUUCGACCGGAGUAGGAUUCGUUGGCAGCGUGACCGAAUUUUGCGAGGGUGACGAGAAUUUUGAUCCUGCUGCUGCGCUGGAGGCAGAGAACGAGAAGGCCGGGGGUUCGCUCGGCAAGGGAGUUGAUCCUCCAGUUGGGGAUGUGACAGUGGAUGAGGUGCUUGACCGUGAUGCCGACACCCCUCCAAAGAAGAAAAAGAAAAAACACAAGUCAUCGAAGAAAGCGAAAGUCGAUUCAACAGAGGUCGAAACUGCCUGGGCCGAGGUGUGUGAUGAGGACCCUUCAGACGGCCCCCUUGGAGAAGAUCACGAGAACUUGAUUGGGGAGAAAUUGACCGGGAUCGAUGAGGCCGAACCGCCAUCGGUGAGGAGAAAGAGGCCGAUUGACGAUCGUCCUAGCGACUCCAUGGAAAAAGGAUUGCAAGAGGUUGACGAGCGGUCUGCUCCUCCUAAGGAA